UAUAAGCGUGCCUCGGGUAGGACUUGGCCGCACAAAAAAAAUACUCAUAGACUGUCAACCAGCCCUCUAACCAGAAGACUCGUGUUAGUCAUGGCAUCGAGCACCGGGGUGAAUGCUCCACCGGUGACCAUGGAAGCCAAGAUGAUUGUGGCCACAGGCCAUGAUCAUUGCCAGCAGUUGAAGGAUAUGCUCAGCAAGGCGGAUCCUUCGACCAUGGUGGUGGUGAUGGCCUCAAGCAACCAGACUUCCACGCCCAAGCCCCACACGCCAGUCAUGGACUCCCGGCUACUAGCAGCAGCUUGCUCUGGCUCUUCCCAGGAUCUGGAAUCACUUCUCAAUGGGGAAAACCUUCAAGCCUCGAGGGAAGAGACCAUUGGAAGCUCGGUGAUGCGGAGAGCUUCUGGUGAUGAAGAAGCAUUUCUCAGGGAGUCGCUCCUCGAUGCGGUCACAGUUCAUGGUGACACUCUUCUCCACGUUGUGGCUGCCAGCCAUGAUUAUGGCGAGGACUUCCUGAAGAAAGCUCGUAUCAUACACAUCAAGGCACAAAACCUCCUAUUAGUGCAGACUAACAAGGGGGAUACACCCUUGCACUGUGCUGCACGGGCAGGAAACUCCCAAAUGGUGUCUCUUCUUAUUGAUCUUGCCAAAGGUCAGGAUAACAAUCCUAACAGAUUGAAGGCGCUGCUUGAAACAGAAAACAAGGCCAAGGAGACAGCAUUGCAUGAAGUUGUCCGCUUUGCGCACAAUGAUAUAGUCAAGUUGCUUAUGGAGGAGAACCAUGAAUUGGCCAGUUUGCCCAAACAUGGGACUUCACCGUUGUACCUAGCCAUCUUACUGGAAAAUAAAAUCAUCGCCAAAACAAUUUACGAGUUUAGCAAGGGGUUUCUUUCAUACUCUGGACCAAAUGGACAAAAUGCAUUGCAUGCUGCUGUUCUCCGAGGCAAAGAUCUUACAAAGAUGUUGUUAGAAUGGAACAUCGACCUUACGAUACAACGGGAUGAAAAGGGAAAUACACCUCUUCACUUUGCCGCAGCUGUGGAACAACGAUUUUACAAUACAAUGGGACGAAGUAUACGCUUACAUCUAUUGAAAGCCAAUUCCGAAGCUUUGUAUCAGUCAGACCACAAUGGAUCAUUUCCUACACAUGUGGCUGCAUCCAUUGGUGCAACAUGGGCCAUCCGUGAUUUUCUGAAGAAGUCACUCAAUUGUGCUGGUUUGCGUGAUGCUAGGGGAAGGACAUUUCUUCAUGUUGCAGUUGGCAAAAUGAACAUGACGACAGUCUAUUAUGCUUGUAGAAAUCGGUCAUUGUCAUGGAUCUUGAAUAUGCAAGACAACGAUGGGAACACUGCACUGCACCUAGCUGUCAAGGCAGGCAGUCUUAGAGUGUUUUGCCCGCUAUUCGGGAAUAGACAAGUACAGUUGAAUUUAACAAAUGAGAAAGGGGAGACUCCGCUAGAUAUAGCAUAUCACAAUCUUCCAAAAAGAGGAAUCUAUUACAACCAGAAUAGUGAAGCAAAAAUACAGCUCGCACUUGAAUUUGCCGGUGCUAAAAGGGGUGUUUUUCGCAUGGAUUAUUUUGAAGAAUAUGAUAUUGUCCAAGCAAGACAGGAUGAAAAACAUCAAAUGGAGAUGGUGAAAGACAUGACACAAAAUCUAUGUAUUGGCUCGGUCCUAAUUGCAACUGUGACGUUUGGUGCAAGUUUUGCCAUGCCUGGAGGUUAUAGAGCCGAUGACCAUACUAAUGGAGGCACCCCAACACUUGCUGGGAGGUAUGCCUUUGAUGCAUUCACCCUAGCCAACGCACAUGCCUUUACACUCUCCACGAUGGCUAUAAUUUCUCUCAUGUCUUCUGGAUCUCCCUUGCAUAACACUCGCACCCGGAAAUUGAACUUACGCAUGGCCUUCUAUUUCAUGUUGAUAUCGAUUACAAGCUUGGUGGUUGCCUUUGCAAUUGGUAUCUAUAUGAUGCUAGCUCCAGUUGCUCAUAAGACUGCUGUUGCAGUAUGCGUCUUGAGUUCCCUUGCAUUGUUCUAUCAAAAUUUGGACUUCAUAGUCAAGAACAUUGUUCUGAUAGGACCAUUAUGUAUGAGAAAGGGGAUAGCCUACACAUUCAUACUUUCAACAUUCUCCAUCAUGAGCAAUGUUGUAUUAGAACAUUGGCCCAUAUUAGUCAUCUUUUGUUCUACUGGAAGAAACUACCAUUAGCUUGAAGUGGAACCAAACAGGAGGCGGUGCAGGGUAUAUUACAUGGAUGAUGGGUCAUUACUAUCUUUUCUAAGCGUGGCUGUUUUCACACUGUCAGACAUAAGUUUCGCUAUGAUUUACUAUCAUCAGAAUUAUGAUUCUUGAUGACUUCAAUAAAUCGUGUUUGAGUAUUGUUGUGCUAAGAUCUUUAUAAGUUUGAAUGUGCUUGUAAGAAUGUAAACAUGCUUAUUAUAUUUCACAUGUAAUUGCUUUGUAUUGUCAAGAUCAUA